AUGGGCGAUGCCUGUGCUUCUUCCGUCGGAGCUCGUGCGGCAGAGUCGAACCCCCGGGGACCAGGAAUUCCCAUCUCGGCUUCCCCGGCGCAGGACGGCGCGUUCAACCCGGCGCCGCAGUUGCUCACUUCGGCGAGCGCGCCUGCGGCCUCCGGCGACGAUGGAACCGGAGAGUCGCUUCGCGCGCGGAGUGAAAACGAGGAUCGCGCUCGCCCAACAGACACCAGGCGCUUGCCUUUGGCGGACCCUAGGGCUCCUCCGUCUUGCUACCCCGUGCGUCACUCUUCCUCUUGGCGAGGCCGCCGUCCUGCGCGGCAGUUCUUUUGUCCCUCCUCCCGGAGUCUGCUCUGGGGCAGCCGCGCCUGCGCGUCGUGUCCCCUCUUUUUGACGCCUUCGACUCUCAAGUACCACUGCAGCAGCUGCCCUUUUGACGCGCCUUCCCUCCGAAACGACACCAGCCGGAGCUCUGCUUGCUCCACCUCGCCGGCCUCGCAGAGAGACAAACUCCAGGACAGUGGAGAAGAAAGCUCGGCGCCGAGUGUCGUGUGCGUCGAAGAUGCGGCGCUCGGCGGAGCCCCGGCGGCGCCCACGCGAGCGGACGCCUCUGGCGCCCGGCUCAAAAUCACGCUGAGUCCUGACGACGAGCCGUGUAUGAGCGCCCUGAAACCUAACACGGACAGCGAUGCAGAACGCGGCGAGGCGCAGGUGGCGACCGUCGCGCAGCUCCCUUCCGCAGAGCUUCAAUCGCACCGAGAGGCAGCCUCACGAGCGGCGUUCUCGUCCGUCUCGGCCACUCAAAACAACGCGGGCUCAGAAAUCGUUUCUCCUGUGGGACGGUCCCAGGGAUCACUGGCACCGGCUUCCGCUUCGCCGGCCAUGCCGGUCGAGGCUGGUCCCUCCAAGUCGCCAGUGGAUCCGCUGGGUGGACGAACCGUCCCUGCGGGUCCAGCUGCGUCGCCCUCGGCAACUGCAGCACCGCCUUCCUCGCGCGAGUCGGCUGCGGGAACGUCGGAGCGUCUCGCAGAUGCAGAUCCUGCGGGCCUUCCACCGCUAAACAGCGCUCCGCCGUCUGACGCAGGAACGCGAGACGCGUCACGGCGAGGUGACGGGGCCCCGUCUUCUGUUAACUGUGAUGCGUGUCCCUGCUGUUUGGACAUUUGCGCGAACGAGCAGUGUCCCGAGUGUCUCGCUCUCCGUUCCUUGCCGGACGUGUUGGACGUGACGCGUGAUCUUCAGACGCCGCUGUGUUCUCUUUUAUCUACGGAGUCCGUGGAGUCGCUGCUCAACGCUUCUGCUCCAUCGUCUGCCUUCGACUUUUGCCAAGAGAUCGCGCAGGAGUCCGCGGAGAACCUUUGCUUUGAGACCUCUAGCGGCCCGACCACGCCUCCCCGGCGUGUAGAGUUCAGGCGCCCUGCGUCAACGCCAAUACUCGUGCGCGGCGUCAGCUGGAGCUCCCCUGGCAGCGCAGCUUCCGCCGGUCCCCGUGGCUGGCUCUCCACGAAAUGUCUCAAAAUCAUCUCUCGUGAACCUGCGCCAGAGUACACGCUGUGCCAAGUCGCCCGCCACUGUCGGAGUGGGGGCUGCUGGCUGGUUGCGCACGAUUGCAUCUACGACGCGCUUCCCAUUCUGUCGAUCCACCCCGGAGGAUCUGGGUGUCUGCUUCGGAAGGCGCAGCAAAUGCAGGACUGCAGCCGAGACUACGAUUUUCACUCGCGCCGCGGGAGGCAGCUCUGGGAGAGACUUAUGGUGGGGCGAGUGAAAUUCUGUCCUGGAUGGGACAGGCGACAGCGCGAGGGGAACGGGGACGGAGCGGCGCAGGGUGGAGCCGACGCGGAGAUGGCCGAGCAGUUCCGCAUCGCGACUGGCACCUCAGGGAUGCGGCGGGCUGUUCCGCGAAGGCUUUCUUCCGCAGAGUUGCAAGAUGUUCCUGUGAACAAGGACCCAAGCUGUGAACUUGAAGAAUCCACCUCGCCAACAGACGAGUCGUCUACGCGGAACUGGUGUCGUGUGCAGUAA